AUGAUGUACUCCAGCGCUUCAUCGUCCCCUACAAAGAGAACAUUGAACAAUAAACUACCAUUCCUUAAUAAGGGAUUUUACCCAUAUACUGACACAGAUAAUUGUAAUAAUAAUACAGCCCGUGCCUAUAACCAUAACGCCUACAGUAACGAUUAUAACUAUGAAUUACAAACAGAUAGUGUUCCUAUAAUACAACAACAGCAACAAUUCACGGUUAACCAUGCCAAUGAUUAUAAAUAUUCUCCACAAAAAUCAAUGAAAAAUAAUCCUUACUUAAAUCAAAGACAUCAAUCUAUUAGUGAUCAUAAUAGUAACAAUACUGGCGACAUGAGCAAUAAUAAUAAUAAUAAUAAUAAUAAUAGAAGAUAUCAACAAGAUUUUCAACAAUUACAACUACAGUUUCAAUUUCAAUCUCAAUCACAAACAACAUCACAAUCUCCACAAAGAAUAAAUUAUUACGUCAAUAAUAAUAAUAACAAUUUGGAUAAUAGACAUUCACCUAUCAGACAAACAAGUCCACAAAGAAAUAUAAAUAAUAGUAAUAAUAUUAAUCAUGUGUAUCAAUACACUAAACAAAAUCAUUACCAAAAUAAUAAUAAUAAUAAUAAUAAUAAUAAUAAUAAUACUACACAAUAUCACCAAAUUUCAUCCCCACAAAGGCAAACAACAGCAAAUUACAGCCCUGCUAAAUUUCAACGUACUAGUCCAACAAAACAAUAUCAUUAUCAAGAAGUGAAAUCUGAAUCAGAUAUCUUAUUGACAAAUUCAUCUUACUCAAAAUUGAAUAUUAAAAAUAGAUAUUUCACUGAAAAUAAAGAACAACUUAUUAAAGAUGGUGAUAAAUUGAAACCAAUAAUAAAUAUCAUACCUAAACAUUCAUCUACCACUUCAAAGACAUAUAAAUUGCUAAACCCAUUAUUAUCCGAAAAAUCAAUUACAUCAAUGGAUAUUAGUUCAAUUUUAAAAUUAAAUAACGCAACCAUAUCACAUGGGAAUUCAAAACAUUUAUUAUUAGCAAAUGAUCCCAAUUUUAAAAUUAAUAACUUAGAUGAAAUUACUAUGGAUUUAAUUAUGAAAAAGAUAAAACUAAUAAAUGAAACCAAGAAAAAAGGGAAAACAACAACAAAAUCAAUAACUGAUGAAAAAUUGUCAGAGAACAAUAUAAAAGAAAAGGAUAAAUCUAAAAAAGUUGUGGUACUAGAUCCAACAAAAUCAAAACUUAAAAAUACAACUUCGUUAAGAAAAUCAAAUAGGCAUCUAAUAAAUGUUAUUACUGCAAAUUCAAACCCAAAUGAUAGUUUUGAUUUAAGUUUUGACGGAAAGGCAAUGGACAGAAGUGAUAUAUUCCGUAUGGUAGAUUCAUUUACAAUGGCUUUAUCAGAUGAUGAAAGAGAACUUUCAGGAAUAAUAUUAGAUACAAACAACAAAGCUAAGAAAUUUGAUUUACAAUUGAAAGAUAAUAUCAAUAUUAAUAUCCUUCCCGCCGAAAUAACUAACAACAACGGCAACAAUAACAACGAUAGUCCUAACAAUGAUGAGAAUUGCUUGUCUUCAAACUAG